UAUGGUUAGUGUCCGGUUGUAAGUGCAAGAAUGUUAUAGUUAUUGUAAUAUUAAUUUAGCCUUGUAAAUCAGAUCAAGGAAAAUAAAAUUUAAAGUGUUCUCAUGGGAAGAUAGUGAUAACAUUUAAUUCAUUUGCCCCUUAUAGUACAACCGAAGCAGCUGUGCAUCGUUCUCUUCCAAUGCAGCUCUGUCCCAGAUGACCAAGCGCCGGCAGCUGUAUCUGGUUGUGGUCGUGCUACUGUUCUUCCUCCUAGUUGUCAUUUACAGCACCAAUCUGUACUUUAUCAAUUGGCUUACGGCCGAUCAACGGCCAUCAGUCGCAAAUGAUCUGCCAGAUCGGCAAGUAAAGAGUUCCAUUCAAAGGUCGAUAAAUAACAGAAGUGGUUCACGGGAUGAUAGCCUUAUGCGGUUGGUUUAUGAUUCGAGCACGAAAUUUAAUCGAUCUGGCGGUAUUGAAGCGGCGGUUGGAAUUAAGGUGACCAAGCUGAAGACUGUGUUCAAAAACAAAAAUCCUCGAUACUAUCCUGUGAAAAGAGGUCUGCUGCGGUCGUUCGGAGCUAAAAGUUUCAACAUAUCGAAUGUGUGGAAAGUUGCGGGUUCGUUCCCCAAAGAGAAUGAAGUGUACCCCCAUAAAGAUGAAAGAAUCGGAAAAGUGGUCAAAGCUCUCCAAGAAGCGGAAAUCAUUCGAGCAAGGAAUACCCCGCGGGGCACACAGCUAAAAUUGCUUCUCGAUUUGGCCGGCAGGCAAACAGUACUGUUCAAACCCCGCUGGUACAGUAGGAAUACAACCAUCGAGGGAAAGGUUUACGCAGGCAAGGAUCGUCAUAACUCGGAAAUUGUUGCCUUCCACCUAGCAGCGGUAUUGAAUCUACGCUGGACGCCAAUUGUUGUUGGACGUCGAAUUUCACUGGUGGAAAUCCAUCGUUUAGCUGAUGAGGAUCUCCGGCAGACGAUGAUCAAAAACGGAACACAGCAAUGUGUAUAUGGGAAGUGCUAUUACUGUAAGGAGAGCGAGGCUGUUUGUGAUGAUAGUGACAAAGGCACGAUUGAGGGUGCCGUGCUUCUAGUUAUUCCCGGGAAGUUUACCAAGUAUCGCUCUCCCUGGCAAAGAACCUAUCAGGAUGGGAUUGCUGCCGAAUGGGAGAAAACGGACUCGUACUGUGCUAAGGUUAAGGAAAAACUGCCAUUAGUUAGGUUACUUGAUCUCAUCGAUGUUGCGAUUUUUGACUUUCUGAUACAAAAUGGAGAUCGACAUCAUUACGAGACUCGAGACGAUCGAGUGCUGUUGAUGGACAACGGAAAAGGUUUCGGAAAUCCGUAUAAGGACUAUUUCGACAUACUGGCUCCUCUGUACCAGUGCUGCAUAAUCCGCAAAACCACCUGGGAACGCUUGCAGAUUUUCUCCGGUGGAGCUCUAACCGAGACCCUACAAGAAUUGGAUGAGAUUGAUCUGCUGCAACCACUGUUGACCAAAGAACACUAUUUAGCGAUCGAAAGACGUUUGCUGCUUCUUUAUACCACUGUUGAGUUAUGUAGAGAAAAGUACGGUAGCAAAAUUUUUAAAUAAUGUAAACCGAGGACUUCUUUACCAAAUAAAACCAAAAACAGUCA